CGUGAGGGGGGCGAGUCACGCGAUUUCCGGGAACCCGUCAGGAAGGACAUAAACAAAACAAACCCGAGGCAGCAUGGAGAGGGGCCGUGGCCCCUGCAGCGGAACCGGACCGAGUCCCUGAGCCGCUCCUACACCCACAGACCACAUCGCACAGAGUUACUGAAAAAUAAAAGUGGUGAUCUAAGCAGUUGAGUUGGAAGCACUCUGGGGAAACCUGCUGUUUAUUGUGAAAAUCAUCUUUGGUCUUGGAAUUAAAAGGAAAGCUGGAAAGGAAUUUACAAACAAGAAAAAAAAGAAGUUUGGAAUCGGAUUCACAAGAUCUGGGCUUGGAAAUGCCUCAGCCUAGUGUAAGCGGAAUGGAUCCGCCUUUUGGGGAUGCCUUUCGAAGCCACACCUUUUCGGAACAAACUCUGAUGAGCACAGAUCUCUUAGCAAACAGUUCAGAUCCAGAUUUCAUGUAUGAACUGGAUAGAGAGAUGAACUACCAACAGAAUCCUAGAGACAACUUUCUUUCUUUGGAGGAUUGCAAAGACAUUGAAAAUCUGGAGUCUUUCACAGAUGUCCUGGAUAAUGAGGGUGCUUUAACCUCAAACUGGGAACAGUGGGAUACAUACUGUGAAGACUUAACAAAGUAUACCAAACUAACCAACUGUGACAUCUGGGGAACAAAAGAAGUGGAUUACUUGGGUCUUGAUGACUUUUCUAGUCCUUACCAAGAUGAAGAGGUUAUAAGUAAAACUCCAACUUUAGCUCAACUUAAUAGUGAGGACUCACAGUCCGUUUCUGAUUCCCUUUAUUACCCAGAUUCACUUUUUAGUGUCAAACAAAAUCCCUUACCCUCUUCAUUUCCUGGUAAAAAGAUCACAAGCAGAGCAGCUGCUCCUGUGUGUUCUUCUAAGACUCUGCAGGCUGAGGUCCCUUUGUCAGACUGUGUCCAGAAAGCAAGUAAACCCACUUCAAGCACACAGAUCAUGGUGAAGACCAACAUGUAUCAUAAUGAAAAGGUGAACUUUCAUGUUGAAUGUAAAGACUAUGUAAAAAAGGCAAAAGUAAAGAUCAACCCAGUGCAGCAGAGCCGACCCUUGUUGAGCCAGGUUCACAAAGAUGCAGCAAAGGAGAACACCUGCUACUGUGGUGCAGUAGCAAAGAGACAAGAGAAGAAAGGGAUGGAGCCUCUUCAAGGUCAUGUCACUCCCGCUUUGCCUUUUAAAGAAACCCAGGAACUGUUACUCAGUCCCCUGCCCCAGGAAGGUCCUGGAUCAAUCGCAGCAGGAGAGAGUAGCAGCCUUUCUGCCAGUACAUCAGUCUCAGAUUCAUCCCAGAAAAAAGAAGAGCACAAUUAUUCUCUUUUUGUCUCUGACAACUUGAGUGAACAUCCAACCAAAUGCAGUCCUGAAGAAGAUGAGGAAGAUGAGGAAGAUAUUGAUGAUGAGGACCAUGAUGAAGGAUUUGGCAGUGAGCAUGAACUGUCUGAAAAUGAGGAGGAGGAAGAAGAAGAAGAGGAUUAUGAAGAUGACAAGGACGAUGAUAUUAGUGAUACUUUCUCUGAACCAGGCUAUGAAAAUGAUUCUGUAGAAGACUUGAAGGAGAUGACUUCAAUAUCGUCACGGAAGAGAGGUAAAAGAAGAUACUUCUGGGAGUAUAGUGAACAACUUACACCAUCACAGCAAGAGAGAAUGCUGAGACCAUCUGAGUGGAACCGGGAUACCUUGCCAAGCAAUAUGUAUCAGAAAAAUGGCUUGCAUCAUGGAAAAUAUGCAGUAAAGAAGUCACGGAGAACUGAUGUAGAAGACCUGACUCCAAAUCCUAAAAAACUGCUCCAGAUAGGCAGUGAACUUCGGAAGCUGAAUAAGGUGAUUAGUGACCUGACUCCAGUCAGUGAGCUUCCCUUAACAGCCCGGCCAAGGUCAAGGAAGGAAAAAAAUAAGCUGGCUUCCAGAGCUUGUCGGUUAAAGAAGAAAGCCCAAUAUGAAGCUAAUAAAGUGAAAUUAUGGGGCCUCAACACAGAAUAUGAUAAUUUAUUGUUUGUAAUCAACUCCAUCAAGCAAGAGAUUGUAAAUCGGGUACAGAAUCCAAGAGAGGAGAGAGGACCCAACAUGGGGCAGAAGCUUGAAAUCCUCAUUAAAGAUACUCUUGGUCUACCAGUUGCUGGGCAAACGUCAGAAUUUGUUAACCAAGUAUUAGAGAAGACUGCAGAAGGGAAUCCCACUGGAGGCCUUGUGGGAUUAAGGAUACCAACAUCAAAGGUGUAAUCAGUCUCAUUGGACCACUGGUGGGAGAAGGCAGAGCACAGACAGGCUUGCAAGUUGGAAGUAUAUGAAGUCUUGACAGAGUGUGUCUGGUAAAUUGAAAAGUGUUUCAAACUAUGGCAGUUUUGCAAUCAGGUGAAGAUUGCCUCAUGAUAUUCAGCUGAUAAGGUUUAUAAAAUUGCCCCUUUCUAGCUGCUCUGUUAGGAAUUCUGGUUUUUGAUACCUUUUUCCUGUCUGCAAACCAGAAUUUGAUUUUUUGGUCUUGCAUUUCAAAAAAAAGACUUUGAAUCUGUUUAGUAGAUUCCAUAUCCUUGAGUUUCAGUGUUUUAUAUGUACUACUUAAGUUAAAUAGUUAAAAGCUUUUAAAUAGUUGAGCUUUUUAAUGUUGACACUUUAUUUUGUACCUAUUUAUAUAUGUAUGUAUAUCUUAGAAAAGCACUUUGUUAAAAAAAGUUGCAUUUUAUAUGAUUCCUGCCAUUUGCUGCUAAAUCUGGGCUGGUCAGAAUGCUGCAGCGAUACUUGAUCUAAAUAAAAACCUGGCAGUAAAAUGUAGAGUGAAAGUUAAAUCCUCUUGCUGUUUUAACUUUAUCAUAAAGAUGACAUAGGCAAGCUGUGCAGCUUUACAUUUUAACCAGGGGACUCUGUGGCAUUUAAAACCGUCUAGAAAUGGUUGUACUUUAAUGCCAGUAAUAAUCUGCUUCCUCUAUUGUCAUUAAAAUAUAUAUGUUUAGUGUAUCACACAAACAAAUCAUAUAAGGGUAAUGUAAAAACCCCAACAGUUGUACAUGUUCUGUUUUUGAAAAUUGUGGCAUGUAUUUUUGAGUGAAGAUCGUUAGAGAAGAGUUCUCUAAAGGUUUUCUGUGUUCAUACAUGGUAUACAGAUAGCUCAUAAUGAAGUCCAGAAUCUUACUUUAAGUGAAGGCAUUGUGAAUUCACCUCAAGUAAACCCAUUAUUCCAAAGCAAUUAUAAACUUUGACUCUAGUACUACUAUGAUUUAAAAAAAAAAAAAAAAAGGAAACUUUUUUUCCUAGUUUCAGAUACACUGGAUUCUUUAUAGAGUUUGUCUCCAUAUGAAAGCAUGCUGUCCAGUCGCUCUUGUUAAGAUUUUGUCUGAGUUUUGAAUUGGGUGUCACACUUUUUCAGUCAAUAUAAUUGCUUGUUCUACUGUACCAUGUAUGAUUCUUGUCCUUUCCUAUAUCCUUCAUGACAGAUUAUGAUGUGGCUUUAUAUUGUGCCUUACUUGUACAUUUAAAACUAAACAUCUUCAUUCCCUUUCACUUCCUACAUCUUUAACUUUGACCUUUUGGUAAGAGAAUCAGAACUAUUACAAAAGCAUCAUGAAGGAUUUCAGAUGGGUAUGGUUUCAAAUUCCCUCUCUUUAUAGUUAUUUUAUAUUUGUAUGAAAGACCAGUUUUGGAUGGUCUUUGAAUAUGAGGGGGAAAGAUUAGCAGUAAUUUCACUACAUCCCCUUUCUCUGACUUUCGUGAAUUUCUCAUACAUCUUCUUUCUGAUGCUUGACUUUAUUUGCUUCCUAGCAAUAGUCUGCAUUUAAAGAAAGGUGUGUUCAGUUCAUCAGCUUGAAAUUGACUAUUUCAUUUUUCCAGGAUUUUUUAGGAGAAGAGUGCCCAUUUUGUUUGUUUUAUAAAAACAGAUGACAAGUCUCUUUAAAAGAAACCGAAGUACAGUACUUUUGAAAUACAAUGCUGUUAGUUUGAAUUUCUUUUUAUAUAUAUAUAUAUAUAUAUAUAUUCAUACAAUGAUCUGAUGUUUGCCUUCAUUAAUAAAGCUGUUAGUUUAUUCACCAAAAUGUCAAGAAUGGAUGUGCUUUUCUUUAUUCCAUACAUUCAAAAAAAUUUAGCUGCUAAGAUUUAGUUAAUGUUCUAAGAAAUGAAUUCAAGUUGCCUUCAGCAGGAAUUAACAAAAACUUAUGUUCCCUUUCUUUAUAUAGUUUCCUAAAAUUCUGUUCAAGUGUUUUCUAGUUAAUUAUGUAACAGAAUGUUAGCAUCUCUCCAUAUCUUGAAACUUGAAUUUUGAGAAUGCAUUGAAUUAUGCUUUCAGUGUUAAAGUAAAAGGUUUCAAUUAUCCUUCUAGUGAAGUCUGUUGUGGAAUACCGUUUCCCAUGGAACUGAGGCCACUUCCACAACUUUGCACAGAACUGCAGUCUUGUUCUUCCCUUGGAUCAUGACAAAUAAGUCUCACACAGUGCCGUAAUACUUGUGGAUUCUUUUGUAAUCUUUGUAAUCUUAAUAAGGGCAUUAUGCGAAGACGACUCCAUGUUUUUUUAAUAUUUCAAACACAUUGGGAUGUAACAAUGAAUGUCAACUGUAGGAAUGGUUGUUUCGUUUUAAGGAAUAAGCCUGUUGGGGAAAGAUGAUGAAAAUGUACUACUGAAAGUUAUACACUUCCAUAGGCAAGUGGGAUUAUGUGUUGAAGCAUGAUCCUCACGCUUAAUAAACUGACUGAAAUUGUAGAAAUUACACUUAGGAACUGAGCUAGGCCAAAUUGCCAUUUUUGUUUAGAUAAGAGAGGUUUGGAGGUAGUAGUGAGGGAAUAGAACCUCAAAACUACUUCCAAACAGUAUUUUGGAAUUGAAGACUUGGUGACUAGUGAAGAACAUCAAAGUUGGGUAUUUCAAUGUGCCAAGUUUGGGUGAACUAGGUUCAGUUUGCCUCUUUCAUAACAAUGUAAACACAAUGGUGUAGUUAAUUAAAUUCUGGGUGGAUAGGAGCAGGACUGAUUACUAUGUCUUGCCCUUCGCCCUUUGUUUUUCUCAGAACCAAAUAACAGAAAUGUGUAUGUGUGUACUGUAUCUGCCUUUCCAUCAUAUUUUUAUGACACUGUAUUCCACUGCCUGCUUUUUUACCUUUCCCCAGGAUUUGUCCUAUAGCUUAGCAUUAUGGUUGACAGCAAUACUGGCGCUGACAGCACAGAAGUCACAAGAGAAGUGUGGAAGGGCAAGAAUUCAAAGCAUUUGUUCACACAAUGUGGCAACCUCUUUUGCAUAGUUGCGUAGGAUCCUGUUUGUAAUGCUAUCAUAAAUAUUCUGUAGUUUUUUUUCCCCUCUCUCCCAGCUGGAGCUAUGACACUUUUUAUUGGAUUCAGUCUUGUCUCUUGUCUAGAAAGAAUUUUAUCUUGUUGACGCAUGAGCUGUUUAAAAAGUAUUCUAUUGAAUGUUGGUUAAUAGUUGUGCAGUUUUUCAUUUCAGAAGGAAAGGCAAUGCAAAUUUUGCCUUUGUUUUCUGUCACCUUCCAACCCCUGAGCACUUCUAGUCAGAUACAGAUUCAUCAGUGUAUGCAACAUCCUUUGUAAUUUAAAAUAAAAAAAAUGAAAAGAAAA